CGGUAGACUGCUCUAUCUGCCACAAAGAUAAAGGAUGUUAACUGUUUUAACAUAUGCAUUUUCAUCAGUCGCUACACAAAAAGCGUAGCGGCAUAUACGGAUAUGGUGAGACAUUCGGUUUAAAAUUAUUGAUGUAGAAACAUUUACAGAUGGCCAUGUGAAUUAAUAUGCAUUCUACCCUGUAGUUUGUUUGAACCAGAAGGUUUCUACGUUAGAGUUGGUCGAUUAUUACAUUAGAUUGGUGAAGCAGUAAAUAUUCAUGCGAUGUUACAAAAUUCGACCUACAUCGAUCAGGUUGAGAGACGGUUAAAAUUAUUUUUACUUCGUGUAUUGACCGAAGACGAUGAUUACUCGAAACGUUUGUCAACAAAGCCAUUGCUAAUACCGAAACUUUUAUCAUUGAUUUCAAGUGAACAUGAAUCCUUGAAACCGCUAGAAAGAACUAAAAUUGAUGAAGAGAACCUUUUGAAAAUUCUCAAAAUAAUUGAUUAUUUUGCAUUCGUUCAACCAAUUGAAAUGAAUGGAAUUAUUGAAAAUUUAACUUCUCUUUCAACAUACAUUAUAUUAUGUUUAGAAAAAUUAACAAAACUAUCAAAAUGUCAACGAAUUCUUCGUAAUCAUAACGGAAUACCAAUUUUAUUGAAUUAUUUAAGAGAAUGUUUGCAGUUCGAAUCCAAUUUAAACCACCCUGAAAGAACCAUAAGAGAACUGUCUAAUUGUUCAGUCUAUAUGAACUCGUCGAGAAAUACCGUAAACACUUCGGAAGAAUGUCUCUAUGAAACGAAAUUGGUACAUGAUUUUGACCAGGAUACCAUACGGCGUAAUACAUCUAUAUGUGGAAUAUUGUCUCAAUUGGCAAUGAAUGAUUUUUAUGCUCAAAUUAUUGCACGUGAAAAUGGUAUACAUUUGAUUGGUUCACAAUUAUUAAUUAAGUAUUCAGAAAAUGUUAAAAACCAAUGUUUAAUAAUUGAGUCAGAAUUGAAACAAACUAAUAAUGUUGAAAAUCAACAGAUAAUUGAUACAAAUAAAUUUGGAUUAGGAAAUAUUCGUCAUUUAUACGCAAAUGCAUUUUGUGCAUUACGUAGACUAUUUAUAUCUGAACAUAAUCGCCGUUUAAUCAAAUCAUUUUUACCAUCAUCCUUAUUAUCGGAAUUAAUCGAAAUCAACAUCAACACAUCAACAGUUACAAAUGAUUAUCAAAAAUUAGUCAAUCUACUUGAAUCAUUGAAUAAUGAAGAAUAUAAUGAACUUAUUGAAGGUAUAAUUUCUUGUGACGUAAAUCGAACACCUAUUCAUUAUGUACGUGAAUAUUCAAUAUUGGAAUUACUUGGAACUGGUGCAUAUGGUAAAGUUUUUAAAGCAACGAAAGAUAAAAUGUGUCAUAAUAGUUAUGCAAUUAAAAAGGUUAGUACUAGUCAAAUAUUUUUUGGUCGAACUUCCAAUGAACGUCAAAAGUGUAUUGAUCGUAUAUUGAAUGAGGUCAAUGUUAUACGUCAACAACUAAGGCAUCCAAAUAUUGUUCGUUAUUAUAAAACAUUUUUAGAUUCUGAUCAUUUAUACAUUGUGAUGGAAUUAUUGGAUGGCGUUUCGUUGACAGAGUUACUUAUAUCUUUUAAAGAGAAGAAUAUACAUUUCAGUGAAUCACAAAUCUGGAAUAUGUUUAUUCAGUUAAUAUUAGGUUUACGUUAUUUACAUAAAGAGAAGAAAAUACUGCAUAGAGACUUAUCAUCAAAUAAUAUAAUGAUUAGUGAAGGUAACAAGGUUACUAUAACGGAUUUCGGUUUAGCAUAUCACAAAACAUUGAAUUCAAAUGAAACAAAAUCAACUGUUGGUACAUUAUUUUAUGCCUGUCCAGAAAUGAUACAAUGUCUUCCGUAUGGUGAAGGUGCAGAUAUAUGGGCACUUGGUUGUAUUCUAUAUCAGAUGUGUACAUUUACUUCACCAUUUCAAGGUGAAUGCAUUCUUAGUACUGCAUCACGUAUCGUAAAAGGUGAAUAUCAAUCAGUCAAAAUUAAAUGUCCAAAUCAAUAUUCUAAUCUUGUUGAUCAAAUAAUUGAAGUUUGUCUAAAACCUGAUCCAGCUCAGAGACCUGAUAUAACAGGUGUGGCUACUUAUUUGACCAGUGAUAUUCUGUCCCAAUUAGAUGCUACACAAUCAAAAUGUGCAAAAAUUAAAGGAAAAUUAAAAGAGUUUCAAAAUACCAUUAUAUGUGAUUUGUGUUGUCCUUUUAAACACUCUAAGGAUGAACAAGUUUAUGAGAAACAUAAUACAUAUAUUAAUAAAGUUAGAGUACCUGAUUCCAAUGUAGAAAAAAUAUCAACUACUGCACAAAUUUUGCCUACGAUAACAAUCAAUCAAGGUAAUUUACGUGAAAUCAAUGAUCCAGUACUCGGUAUGAUUACAGUAAUGCAUAAGUUGGGAUACCUUUCUCAAGAAUCCUCAUUCAAAAAUGAUAUCAGCUUAGAAUAUGAAGCUAUUAAGUAUAUAGUGAAAAGCUACCAACAUCGGUUAUUUGCUGCCGGUAUAAAACCAAUUACACUAAAAGAGGAAUUAUUUAAACUUACAUCUUAUUGUUCAGAUUGUAUAAAUGAUAAAUUUUUGGAGAUUAAUAAUAAAGAGAGUAAUUCUUCAUUACUGAAUAUACUUAAAAAGUUUUCACCUGAUCUAGCUGUCAAAUUAGACAGAAAUGGUUAUAUCAAUUAUGCUAUUCUGAUGUAUUUAAUAGACUUAUUAUUAAAACAAUGUACUUCAUAUUUUUCUUAAAUUAUCGUACAUAAUUGUUUUACUGUUAAUUCAAUUCAAUUUCAACUAUCUCCAUGUAAAUUAACUAUUGAUGGAAGUGGAUUUUUUUUUAAAAAAUUUUUAUCCUUUUCUUUUUUAAAUGAAAUGAGAAUUUAUCACUUUCAUAUUCUCUUGAAGUUCGUAUUUUACAUUGACAACUUAACAUUUCCGUCUAUUAUUUAUUAGACAGAAAAUCAAAUUUUCUGGUGGAAAAAUAAUCCAAUUGACGAAAGUUGAAUUAAAAGUUUUGAUUUAAAUC